AUGGCAGAUUGUUCAACAAUUCAGAACAUCCUUCAAUCGCAUCUGGACAGGCUUCUCCAGUCUCGCGAAUAUCCGAAAACAAUUUGUCCUUCUGAGGUAGCACGAUCAUUGACAGCCAACGAUCUUCGUGAAGCUGGCAUGGGAUCUUGGAGAGACACCAUGACCGAAAUUCGACGACUCGCUGCCGCUAUGAGGUCGAGACGUGAAAUAGAGGUCCUGCAGAGAGGAAUUGUACUUGAUGGAGAGCUUGGAGAUAAUCUUGAGACUGUAGUUGGUCCGAUCAGACUCAGAAAGCCGUCAUCAAAGCCAGCUUGA